GGUUCUCUGCGAAAUAAUUGCGAACGUUUUUGUAGAGCUUUAAGUGUUCAUGAAGAGCUUCUGAUCCUCAGUAACCCUGGAGAAUAAUAAGGCUGUUUGAAGAAAUUUGAACAAUGGCUACAAAUGAAAGUGCCAGCAUCUUUGGUUCUGCAUCCUUGGCGGUGGAGUAUUUAGAUUCUUUAUUACCUGACAAUCCUCUACAAGCACCAUUUAAAAAUGCUUGGAUUUACAUGCUGAAUAAUUACACGAAGUUCCAGAUUGCAACAUGGGGAUCCGUCAUAGUUCAUGAACUGCUCUAUUUUUUGUUUUGUGUACCAGGAUUUUUGUUUCAGUUUAUACCUUAUAUGCAAAAAUAUAAAAUUCAAAAGGAAAAACGAGAAACUUGGGAAGGCCAGUGGAAAUGUUUCAAAGUACUUCUCUUCAAUCAUUUUUGCAUUCAGCUACCUAUGAUUUGUGGUACUUGGUAUUUUACAGAGUAUUUUGCUAUUCCUUAUGAUUGGGACAGUAUGCCAAGAUGGUUCGUGAUGUUGGGCAAAUGUUUUGCUUGUGCAGUGAUUGAAGAUACCUGGCACUAUUUUUUGCAUAGACUUUUACACCACAAAAAAAUAUAUAAAUACAUCCAUAAAGUUCAUCAUGAGUUUCAGGCCCCAUUUGGAAUGGAAGCUGAAUAUGCACACCCUCUGGAAACUAUCAUUCUUGGAGCAGGGUUUUUCAUUGGAAUUAUGAUCUUCUGUGACCAUGUACUCCUUCUUUGGGCAUGGGUCACAUUUCGCUUGUUAGAAACAAUUGAUGUGCAUAGUGGUUAUUAUAUUCCUCUCAACCCUUUGAAUUUCAUCCCAUUCUAUGCUGGUUCACGGCAUCAUGAUUUUCAUCACAUGAACUUCGUUGGAAACUAUGCUUCAACAUUUACAUGGUGGGAUAGACUUUUUGGUACAGACUCUCAAUAUGUUGCCUACACUGAAAAGAAGAAGAAAUUGCAACAGCUGGAUAAAAAGACCAAAUAAGCAUCUGUAAACUUUCUGGAAGAUACACACAUAAGAGAACGGUAGCUAAAACUGCUUCAAGGGGGCCAAAAUAAGCAUGUAUCCUGACUACUAAAUGAUGAUAAGAACCCAUAACAGCCUUUUGUCUCUCUAGUGAGAACUUUUUUUUUCCUACUUGACAUACAAACUGUAUAUAGAAAUAUGUAUAUACAUAAUAUAUAUUUAAUUACAGAUUUAGUGAGAAAAUUUAAAAGACCAUCUUACAAAAAAAAAACAAGAAAGCCUUAUAAGUAUUAUAUAAAAUUUUCAAACAUCUUUUUGAAAUUGGUAAGCCCAUAGAUCCUGAAGGAAGAUGGAAUUGAACAUUUGCCUUUUUUUAAAAUAGAGUGCUCAAUGUGGGAAGCACAAAGUUGGGGUUAUGACCUUCCUUCAUUUGAACCUUGAGCAUAUUUUUUUAUGGCCUAAAGAGCAAAAUAUCAAGUGUUUGUGCAAGAUUAGAUUUUACACUGAUUAAAUUAAGGUUUUAAUUCAAGGAAGUCUUGGCUGCAUAUGCAGUUCACCAGUAGCCUUGCAUUGCCAUGAAGCACAGGAUGCAUGGGAAGGGCUGAACUUUGAGGGUGGUUUGUCGUUUCAGAAAACCUUGAUUUUCAUUUCAAAGGAUUCCUGUUUGGUUUUAAUGUGCUGCUGGUAUAUGUAAGUUAAAAUAGUCUUGAAUUCAUCUGAAUAGAGGGGAUUUUAGGCUAGAGGUUUUUGUAAUGUAUGUGACUUUUUUUAAAAAAAAAUCUGAGGAGCCUUUUUUUAAUACUACAAUGGAUUUUUCCUCCGCCAUAUGUCUAGCAUUUACAUGAUUUUGAUCCGUGUGCUGUAACAGUGAACUGAUUGCUGCUGUUUGCACUUGUGGCUAUUGGAAUAAAGAUGUUUUUGAUCUGUGA